CGGGAGCCGGUUCCGGGUUCCUGACGUCACGCCUCUAGCACUCCGCCCCGCCUUCACUUAAGGUCCCGGAUGCGGCUCUCUUGCUCGAUCUUUCCAGAAGCUGCUGGUGAAAGAGAAAGGUCGGCGGAAUCGUACGCCAGUAAGGAUUGAAGCAAUCUGAAGAAAAAUGGUGGUCGAAACAGGGUACUACGAUGUUCUAGGGGUGAAACCUAAUGCCACCCAGGAUGAGCUCAAAAAGGCAUAUAGAAAACUAGCACUGAAAUACCAUCCCGACAAGAAUCCCAAUGAGGGGGAGAAGUUUAAACAGAUUUCCCAAGCCUAUGAGGUCCUUUCCGAUGCGAAGAAGCGAGACUUGUAUGACAAGGGGGGUGAGCAGGCCAUCAAAGAAGGCGGAAUGGGAGGUGGUGGAUUUGGCUCACCAAUGGACAUUUUUGAUAUGUUCUUUGGUGGCGGAGGAAGAAUGCAGAGAGAACGAAGAGGUAAAAAUGUAGUCCACCAGCUCUCUGUAUCACUGGAAGAUCUGUAUAAUGGAGCAACACGGAAACUGGCGCUACAGAAGAACACCAUUUGUGACAAAUGUGAAGGUCGUGGUGGCAGAAAAGGAGCUGUGGAAUGCUGUGCGAAUUGCAGAGGUUCUGGGAUGCAAAUUAGAAUCCAUCAAAUAGGACCAGGAAUGGUCCAGCAGAUCCAAUCUGUAUGUCAAGAGUGUCAAGGCCAAGGAGAGAGAAUCAGUCCAAAAGACCGCUGCAAGCAUUGCAAUGGCAGAAAGAUAGUCAGAGAAAAGAAGAUUCUUGAAGUUCACAUUGACAAAGGAAUGAAGGAUGGCCAGAAGAUUACAUUCACUGGUGAGGGUGACCAGGAACCAGGCCUUGAACCUGGAGAUAUCAUUAUUGUGUUGGAUCUGAAGGACCAUGCUGUAUUUACUAGGAGGGGAGAAGAUCUUGUGAUGCACAUGGAAAUAGAACUUGUGGAGGCGCUGUGUGGUUUUCAAAAACCAAUCGUGACAUUGGAUUCAAGGACUAUAAUUAUUACGUCUCAUCCUGGUCAGAUUGUCAAACAUGGCGAUAUUAAAUGUGUGUUAAAUGAAGGGAUGCCGAUCUAUCGCAGGCCAUACGAAAAGGGGCGUCUUAUCAUUGAAUUCCAGGUUAAUUUUCCUUCAAGUGGCUUCAUUUCACCUGACAAACUUCCUUUGUUAGAAAAGCUCCUACCUUCUAGAAAAGUGAUUGAAGAGAAUGACGACAUGGAGCAGGUUGAGCUCAUGGAAUUUGACCCUUCACAGCAGAGGCGUUCACAUUACAACGGAGAAGCAUACCAUGAUGAUGACGAUGACCACCCAAGAGGUGGUGUUCAGUGCCAGACCUCUUAAGUGAAACAAAUUACAUUUACGUUUUUUUUGGUAAGAUCUAACAGCCUGGUAAGGAAAAAGAUAAAAUGCAGUGCAUUUUUUGGCUUAACAGCCACUUGGUGCUGGCAUUACACUUCUGUCCUGAAGACGCAUAGAAAACUUCGCUGCAAAAUGGACUUUAGGUUUCUUCAGUACUGAAGCUUGAAGAACUUGUGUUUGUACACGGACACUCUUACCCCAGUGCAUAUUCUGUGUCUUAAUAUGAAACCCUGUAUCAGUUGACUAAGAACUAAAUGUUAAGCUCUGUACCUGAGGUCCAACUUGUUCCCAACAGUUUCACUAGUAGUGUGUAAAUGUCUUGUGAGUUCAGGUAAAUGGCAUGCUGACUUCUCAAACACUCUUCAGAAAAGGUUUUAGAUGCCUACAGACAUUGGUUUCUUUACAAAAAAUCCCACAUUUUACGGAGUCUGAUUCAUUAUGCUCAGUUUGUACUUGUGCAUUCAAUUGUUUUAAAUUGUCUUAAUUUAUAUACAUAAAAUUAACUUUUAUUUCUUUUCUACCUGGAAGAGCAGUACUAAAGUUUUGAAAUCACUGUUUUGUUAUGCAGGAUUAUUCACAUGUUUCGCAUAGUUGACACUUGUGCUUAUUAAGUGUCAAAACAAUGUCCUAUUAAAUUCUAAUGAUAAAGUAAAUAGAA